GCGCCAGGAACACCAGGAGCACCAGGCGGAACGCCAGGAGCACCAGGUGGAGUACCAGGAGCACCAGGUGGAGUACCAGGAACGACACCAGUUCCUUUACCAGCAAUACCUCCAACAAAUAGUCUAUUUGAUAAUAUACACGUAUAUGCAAUAUCAAAAGAAUAUAUCCUACUUACAUAUUAUUGUAAUAUACCUACAUCAAAUGAAUUAUGCGGUAAACUUAUAGAUUUUAGUGGUGCAACAAAAAAUAUGACAGUAUUUAAUAAUUUUAAUGGCUUAUGUACGAAUCCUAAAAUUAUCAAUAGUAAUUAUGAUGAUGGUGGAUUUUUGUAUACUUGUUAUAAACAAGAUACUGCAUCGAUAGUAUGGACAUCUUAUUCAGCACCGAGUAUUAUUGAUGGUACGAUAAAAGAAAAAUAUAGCGGGGAAGUAGGAAAUAUUACAAGAUAUGAUUUAACAUAUAUGUUCCCAACAGAAGGUAGAGGAUAUGCAAUAGUAAAUGGAUUUCUUAGUAAUACGCAAAGCACACUAUCACAGUGGGUAGUAUUGGCAAAUUUCAUAACAAAUGAUGGACAAACUAAAGGAACUUUUGUUAUUUUUUCACAAUCUACUGAAACGAGUGCAAUCAAAAGUAUACCAAGGUGUAAUAUUGCAUAUCAAUUAUAUGGAUAUAGUUGUAUAUUAUAUAUCGAAUCUACUGAAAAAACUUUUAUAAAUAUUGAUUUCACAUCAAAAGGAGCUGUAUUGAAUUCACAAAUGUUUAAUGUGAGUCAAUUAAAUAAUAAUAAUCAAUUAUAUGAUGUUAGAAAUCUUUGGAAAGGUGGAGAAUGUUUUGUUAUUACUGAACAACUAGACCAAAAUGUACGUGGAUAUGUGUAUAGUAACGACGGAAUAUACAAUAAUACUUGGAAUUUACCCGAUACUUAUACUUAUACUAGUAAAAUUUUUGGAAUAUUUCCUGAUAAUACAGUUUGGGCUAUUGCUACUGGUAGCUCCAUUGCUGCAAAUCAAUGGAUUACUGUUUAUUCAACUGCUUUGACAACAUAUUCAACAGUUCAAGGAGAUACAGGAUAUGGCUCAUAUUCAAUAUUAUCAACAGUACCAGAAAGAAAUGCAGUAAUAAAACCGGGUCUUGAUCAAAUUACGAUAGCAUAUGUAAUGAGCAACAUUGAACCAUCAACAGGUUAUAUAACAAUUAGUCAAAAGAAUCCAAAUGGAAUAGGUAACGAUUUCGUUAGAACCAAAAUACCCGCAAGUUCAUCUCCAUCCGGAACCACAAAUAAUGCAAAUAACGUUACUAUAAAUGGAUCAUUAGUGACUGUUAAGUUAGAAGAUUAUAUUUUUGAUAGAGGAAAUGCUACAUAUGUUGUUAAAAUUGAUGAUGAUUUUGUUGAAGUUAAUGGACAGAAUUUAAUUGGUGGCUCUUGGCAAGUUUCAACAGAACCUGGUAGUGGAAAGAAUGAACCAGGUAUCAUCAUUCUAUUAACUCCAGAUGGAACAAAAAAUUAUUUAGAAAUUAAGAAGAAAGAUGAUGUAAAGACAUAUGUUAAUGGAUUGUCUGAUGAAAUUUCAAGGGCACUUGCGAUUGAAAAAGGGCGUAUUUUUAUACCGUAUGAGAGAUAUCAAUAUAAUAGAAACACACGUGAAGAUCAAAUUUUGUUACGCGUAGACGUUAAAGACACCAACAUGCCAGAUCAACCAAGUUCGAAUGCAUUAAGAAAUAGUUUAGAUAAAGCUGUUUUAUCCAAAGGUACUUCAUCAAUACCAAUAGGACCGUAUACAGAAAGUUUAGAUUCAACUUAUGGAUCUCCAGAAUCUCCUCACUUAUGGCAAAGAUAUAGAUACAUAUUAAUUGGAGUAAUAAUUGGAUUAUUUUUAUUAAUAUUAUUUGCCUUAAUUGCGAGAAAGAAGUUCCAAGGGGGAAGAAAUUUCUUUACAAUUGUUGUGUUUCCGCUUAUUUUAGUAGAUUUUGUAUUAGAUAUUAUAGUAUUAGCAGUUCAUGGAAGAGAUCUAAAAUGGUUCUUCAUUUGCGGUUGGGUGUUCUUUUUAGUACCAAUUCUUUUCAAUAUAAUAAUAUCAUGGUUCCUUAUUGAUUAUCAAUUAAAUCAUUCAAAACCUACUGAACAUUGGUGGAAGGAAAAUCCAAGGACCGCAUUAGGAUUUACACUCUUAUCAUGUAUAGAUUUAGAAGCGUUAAACGUUGUAUCAUCAAGAUGUGCAGGUUAUAAUGCAUUGAAUGCAAGAUUUACAGAAAAAGGAAGAAAAAGAGUUUUAAUAUCCAUUUUAUUUAUAACAUUUAUUGAAGAUGUACCACAAUUAAUAAUUUAUGCGUUAUAUCAAAAAUAUAUAGUUAUAACAGAAAUUAUACCAAUAUUAGUGUUAUCAUCAUCAUGCAUAAUAUUAUUAUUUAAAAUAAUUUCAUUUAUUUAUUUAAUGUUCAUUUAUAAACCUCAUAGAACUUUAACAAGUACGGUGGACAAAAUUGAUGAUACAAAUAGUGAUACAGCUAGUGUAGAAACAGGUGGAGGUGGAGCACCUACAUCUGAAACUACAGCAAGACGUCAAGCCGGAGUAACAGAACUUGGUAAUAUUGGUAGAUCAAGUGAAACUCGUACUGAUGAUGAUAAUAACGAUAACGAAAUAAAGGCAGAAAAGGCAGGACUUACUAAAGGAGGAUUUUUAGCUGGUGAUAUUUAUGGAGAAAAAUCUCAAACUAGUAAACAAACUACUGAAGAAAAAAUUGUUGAAGAAGAUUCUAGUGAAGAAGAAACUUUUGAAGAAAAAGAAAUUAAAUAUACUGAAGAACAACAAGAAACUGGAGAACAAGAAGAAACUACCACAACUACCACCACAUAUAUUACAGAAGAUGUAAGUGGUGAUACUACAGAAAUAAAUCCUAAUACUGGAAUUUCUUCAUCACAAUCUGAAGUCACGGAAACUGUAACAACCGAAGAUGGAGAUACCACCACUACUAUUACUAAAACUUUUUAUGAGUGAUGGUGAAAAGAAGACUUUACGUUUCUCAUCUUUUUUAGAGUAGUAGUUCAGAUAGAGAUUGAAUCAAGAAUGGUGAAUCACUUUAUAUAUAUAUAUAUAUUAAAAAGUAAAAAAUAAUUAUUAGAAUCAUUAGAAAGUUUAAUAUAGUGUUGGUAGAGGGUUAAAUAAUGUACCUUAUGUUGUAAUUUUUUUUUUCUUUUUUAUAUAGCGUGUGUGUGUUAUUUAAAUAAUUCCAUUAAAAAAAACAUUAAU